AAUGGCAAGAAUCGGACUAGAUUGUGAGCUAAAUAAAUCCACAGCAAUCUUUAACCCAAAAUGAACACUGUUGUGUUGAGUAGAAGAACACUAUUGUUGCUUGAGAUCCUCGAUCCACUCACUUCUUCUUUCCCCUCUCAUCACAACAACAAAAUGAGACCAACCAACAACAAAGGACCAAGUCCAAGGAGAGACCGAAACCAAACCCAACGUCGCUCUCCCUCACCCAUCAGGGACCGGACUCGAACCCCACUUUCCUCACCUGGGCUCGACCCAACUCCAACUGGGUCGCGCCCAAAUGGACUCACUCCUCCCAAGACCUCGCUCCUUGACCGUGAGCUUGUUGUCACCGAAGAAGACACUGCCACUCUCUUCGAAGAGCUCCGAGUUUCGUCGGAUUCUAACAACCCUCGGAGCUUCCCGUACAACGUGAAGCAGCAAUGCUGGAACAAGGCCGAGAAGGUCCGAGGUCGAGACCCCGAUCGUUGGCGACGUGACGCUCUUGGGAACCUCGUCUUUCGGAAGCUCGUGGGUUGUCCCGGUUGUCUCUGUCAUGAUUAUGAUCACAUUGUGCCUUACUCUAAGGGAGGACAAAGCACACUUGAAAAUUGUCAGGUUUUGCAGGCAACUGUUAAUCGAUCAAAAGGAAAUCGGACUGGAUUGUCCAAAGCUGAUCUCAUGCAGAAAAGUUCUUAUUGCCGGGUUUCAGAUCGUGACAUGGAUCUCUUUGAACUGUCUGCCUAUGGCAAUGUCCGCCGUGGGCAAGACUCUGGUGGAUGUAGAAUUCAAUAGAUCUUAUAGCUGUAUUAUUUCUUAUGAUUUUGAUUCGUACAUGGAGUAGGAUCUGCAUAGAUGUGUUAGUGUUGAUCCAUCUGUAGCCUUGAGCUCAUUGUAUGCACUAGCAUUUAUAUACAACUGCACAAAAUGUGCCAACUAUCUCCUGUUGUCUUGCAGAGUAUUGGAGUAAUCUGCAUGAGCUCUCUCUCUUCUCAAUCUUGCAAAAUAUGUUUUUGUUAGGUUUGGUGUCUUCAUUGAAUGUACUUCAAUGUUGCCUGCUCUAGCACACUGAGCAAAGGAAAUUCAGCUUCAUCACAAUUGCUUAAUUCACUGUUACAAUUUUGGUCUAUUUGCUUGCAAUUUGGUGCUUAGUGAGAUAACUAAGCAAUGCUCAGUAACAUGUUGUGGUGAAUAUACUGGUAUAUGAAUGUCGGCCCAACAAAGCUGCAGAACUUUGAUUUGGUAAGAGUUAUUCCUUCUUCACCUGUGAGGCCUAUUUAGAGAAAAAUGCUGGCGGAUGUAAUAGUCUCUCCUGUGUAGAAAGAAACCUAUAAUUCACUGGUUUCUGUCAAUGUAAGAUUUUGUUUAAAUGAGAAAAAUGGAUUUACAAGACCCUGAAUUGCCAAAGCAUGUGGACUCUUGGGGGUUUAAAGUUAAAAAUUUCUUCUUUGACCA